AUGUCUGGAACCUCGACGUAUAACCCCGCUGCCAAACACUUCAUCAAUGACCCCAAUCACUUGGUUCUCACGGCUCUGAGGUCAAUCACUCUUGCCAAUCCUUCGGUCGCCUUAGAUGCAGAGAACAAGAUCAUCUUCCGUCGUGGAGAUGCUGGCCUCUACAAGGCUUCCCAAGUAUCAGUUGUUUCUGGUGGUGGUGCAGGACACGAACCGUCUUUUGCAGCCUUCGUCGGACCUGGUAUUCUGUCUGGAGCAAUCUCUGGCACUAUCUUUGCUUCUCCCUCCGCAGAGCAGAUCAGAAGGUGUCUCUUGAGUCGUGUUGACACAGCANAAGGUGUUUUGGUCAUUGUCAUGAACUAUACUGGUGACGUGCUUAACUUUGGUAUGGGAGUCGAGGUAAGCUUCUCUAGCUGUUCGGUCAAUGGAAAAAUACUGACCCAUGUUUCAGNNAAAGCAAGAGCAACGGGAGUCGACAUCGAGAUGCUUGUUGUUGGCGACGACGCUGGUGUUCCUAGAUCAAAGGGCGGCAAGGUCGGCAGAAGAGGUAUUGCAGGAACUGUGCUCGUACAGAAGAUUGCUGGAGCACUAGCCGCUACCGNNGGUAUAGCACCUCUCAAGGACGUACACCAUGUCGCUAAGCUGGCUGCUGACAACAUCGUCUCCAUCGGAUCUUCCCUGUCGCAUGUUCACGUUCCUGGUCGCAAAGUCACCGAAGCUGGCGAAGACGAACUCACUUUCGAGGAGGUCGAGAUUGGAAUGGGCUCCGAGCGAACGAAAGCGGAUCUCCCCGAUCUGGUCGAACAGAUGUUGGCACACAUGCUAGACGAGGAAGACAAAGAACGCGGUUUCCUCAAGGUUUCCAGCGAAGACGAGACGGUGGUCUUGAUCAACAAUCUUGGUGGUGUGAGCGUUCUUGAGAUGGGUGGCAUCGCUGCCGAAGUGUUGGACCAACUCAAGAAGCACUACAGCAUCAGGCCUGUCAGAGUUCUCGUUGGCACUUUCAUGACUAGUCUGAACGGCAUUGGUUUCAGCAUCUCCCUGCUCAAGCUUCAGGACACUGGCUUGGACAAAUCCAUGCUGCAGUUGCUUGAUGCUCCUUCGGAGGUCACUGGCUGGGCCACACCUAUCAGCACGGCGACCUGGGAGAACAAGUCAAGCGCUGCAGAUCGAAGAAAGACUGCUAUAGCUGAUGGCCAGCAAGACACAUCUAGCAACCUCACACAGGCCAAGAAAGUGCUCAAGUUAGGUCUGGAGCGCGUAAUCGCCGCAGAACCAGAUGUCACUCACUAUGACACCAUUGUCGACCAUCAUUACANNGGUGAUGGAGACUGCGGCAUAGGUCUUAAGCGUGGUGCAGAAUCGGUGCUUCAGCUCAUCUCAUCCGACUUGGACACGACAGACGCGGCAAUCUUCCUAGGUCGUAUCGUCUCCGUGAUUGAGACGUCAAUGGACGGCACCAGUGGAGCCAUCUACGCCAUCUUUUUGAACGCUUUAGCUGCUGGUCUGCGUUCUCAGUCGCCAGACUCCGGAAGGAAAGAAGCGACAACCGAGGUUUGGGCAAAGGCGGCUAAGCAGGCUCUAGAAGGUCUUGGUAAAUACACACCAGCCAGACCAGGUGACAGAACUCUGGUAGACGCACUUGAGCCCUUCAUCGAGCAGCUGGUAGCGACGAAAGAUCUGAAGAAGGCAGCUCAGGCAGCCAAGGAAGGAUCAGAUGCCACCAAGGGAAUGAAGGCCAGUCUCGGAAGAUCAGUGUAUGUUGGCAAUGAGGGUUUCAAAGAGGUCCCUGAUCCUGGUGCCUACGGUCUUUCGGAGUUCCUGACUGGUCUCGCUGAG